CUGAAGGGAGAAGGACUCAUUCUAUCACCUCUUACAACCACUGGUAUUCCACCUUUAUUGCCAUCACUCCCCACCAUGAAGGAGAGAAGACUACCCCAGCCUUUUGUAGCGAGGUGUAAACUGGUCCUGGUGGGAGACGUCCAAUGCGGGAAGACAGCGAUGUUACAAGUGUUGGCCAAGGACUGUUACCCAGAGACGUAUGUCCCGACUGUGUUUGAGAACUACACAGCCUGCCUGGAGCUUGAAGAGCAGCGAGUGGAGCUCAGUCUCUGGGACACAUCAGGUUCUCCAUACUACGACAACGUCAGACCCCUGUGUUACAGCGACUCAGAUGCCGUGCUCUUGUGCUUCGACAUCAGCCGACCGGACACAGUCGACGGUGCUCUGAAGAAGUGGAAAGUAGAGAUCCAGGACUUCUGCCCGAGCACACGGAUCCUGCUAAUAGGCUGUAAGACAGACCUGCGCACGGAUGUAUGCACACGCAUGGAGCUGUCCAAUCAGAAACAGAGUCCCAUCUCCCAUGAACAGGGCUCGUCCAUGGCCAAGCAGCUCGGAGCGGAGGCUUACCUGGAGUGCUCGGCCUUCACGUCAGAGAAGAGUGUCAACAGUGUUUUCCGUACCGCCGCUCAGGCCUGCAUGAACAAACUCCAGCCUGCCAGUAAACCCAGCCCCAUCCGCCGCCUCUCCAAGCGACUCCUCCACCUGCCCAGCAAAACAGAGCUGCUCUCCUCAGCCUUCAGCAAGGACAAGUCCAAGAGUUGCUCCAUCAUGUGAAAACUGCAGGGAUCAUGCUCAU